AUGGCCGACACACCAGCGGAAACAACGGCGAGCACCGACACUGGUAUCCGCGAUGAUGCCCCUCUAACAACAUCCGCCCCGACACCUUCGUCAAAUAUAUCACAGCCGUCCCCGUCAACUCUGCCGCCGACUAUUGCCGAUCGGAGGAAACGCAGCUUGCCCGAGGGUUCGCCCGAGGGCCCCGAAGAGGGCCGUUCGUCAUCGGCUGCUGCUGCCGCCGCUAAUCGGCGAAGAAGUCACAAAGUCAGUCGCGCAUGCGACUUUUGCAAAUCCAAGAAGCUGAAAUGCUCCGGAACGAUCCCAUGCGACGUCUGCACCCGGAAACGUCUCUCCUGCAUCUACGACGCUACUUACCGCCGAGGUAGACCGCCGACACCUCCGCCAGCAUCCAGUUCUGCCCCCGGGUUAUUUGAAUCCCGACUGGUCCCCUCAACUUCCCUAGAGGUGCACAGAAGACCGCUUCCCUCGGCGGCGCCUCUCCCAUCCCUAGCACCGCGUGAACCACGUCUUCCCCGCCAGAGUGCGGCUCGGUCGAGAAGCCGUGAUCAUGUAGCCGACGAGGCGGAGGCUGCAGAGCGCAGCCGGCGCAGCGCUCUGCCAGGCUCACGCGCCUCGCCAGAAGUCGAGAUUGCCGAGAUCGAAGGGCAGUAUGUUGACACCACUUCGAGUCUAACAUUCCUGCACCGAGCAUGGAAGCGCCUUUCGUCGCAGAGAUCUAAUACUACUGACGUUCCUGGAAACGCACCGAGCGGCGCCGAACAGCAUCAGAGGCUGACGAGGGCAGGAGACAAGCCUUUCGAUUCGCAGCCGUUGGACGUAUCGACUCUUCCUGACCGGUUGGCCGGCUUGGACAUGCUGGAUUUCUACUUUGAUGUUUGCGUAGUAACCUAUCGAUGCCUUCAUCAAGGUUACGUCGCCCAGUGGUUCGAGAUUCUGCUCGCAAAUGCGAAAGACAGCCGUCCGCUGCACCACGAAAUUGGCCACGCCAAAGCCUCUAUCGUUUUGACCAUUCUCGCUAUCGUCACCCUCCGACAAAGCAAGGUCCGAAAUGUCGACGAAGAAAGGUUUUCUCACCUUCUGCGCAGCGACGCUCUCUUUUCUCAGGCUUUGAGUUUAACGGAUGCAGAGAUCGGGUUGCCGAAGCUAGAGUCCUCGCAGGCACGCCUCUUGCAGGUGUUGUAUCUCCUCCAAACAUCUCGCAUGAAUCAAGCAUGGUAUGUCUUUGGGAGCAUUCUUCCCAUCAUCUCGGCUUUGGGUCUACAUCGGAAGUCUGGACGCAACAGGGCCAGCAGCGACAAGGACUACAUACUGUCGCAGUGCCGGAAGAGGACUUUCUGGGUGGCAUACACCAUCGACAAGUAUCUCUCUGUUGUAUUCGGUCGGCCGAGGAUGUACCGCGACGACGAUAUCGAUCAGGACUUCCCUGACUGCGUCAACGAUGAGGACAUGACACCCCAAGGAAGAUCAAGUGACGAGCCAGAGAUGGAUUGCCAUGUUGAGAGUCUCAUCUUCCACGCCAAACUCGCUCAAAUCAUUGACGGUAUUUCUCGCGAGGUGUACUCGAUUAAACCCGUUCAUAAAGAUGACCGUCUCAUGAUUGCACAUCGAUACGGCAAGGCUCUACACCGGUGGCGCGAGUCCUUGCCACACCAUUUGGGUACCGUUCGACCCAUGUCCUUAAUUCCGUCAUUCAGAAGACAGAACACAGCCCUCAAGCUGGCAUAUUGCCACGCCAUUAUGCACGCCAACCGACCCUUUCUUCUUGGAACGGGUGGCUCGAGAGGUGGUCAGCAAUCGCCUCUAGAAGAUAGUAUUGAUGAAUGCAUCACUGCAGCCAAGGCCGCACUUGAGACGGUCGACGGCAUGGCUAGUGACGGGAAGUUAUUCCACGCUUUCUGGUGGACGCCGUACGUCACCUUUUGUGCACUCGCGGUGGUGUACGUCUAUGAAAUUCAAAGAGGGAGACAGGACCCGGAAAGGGGCCUCUUUGAGCUGGCAGAUCGCUGCCAGAAUCACCUGGCGAAAGCAACGACUGCCGAGAGCCCAAGCCGCAGAUACUCUGUCAUUCUCGAAGAGCUUCGGCAAGAGGCUAGUUCUCAUUCUGAAGGCCCUUCAGGCCGUGAGAGGAAGCCGACCAUUGAGCGUGCUGAGCAUGGAGGUGCGGAGCCGAUGCAAUUGGAAGAGGUUUCGGGCGCUCCAGCACCGCCGGCCGAUAUGGGUGAAGUGUUCCAGCAGCAUGGGUUCGAAGGGAUGACGAACCUCCUCAGUGGUUGGGAGACAACGGAUUGGCUGGACUUAGACUCUUCGGCCUUUGCUACGUUUCCCAACUUCGAAGGAUCGCCAGCUUACUGGAUGCCGGAUCGACGGUGUACUAUGAUGAAGAUACCAGUCGGGUGCGAGUUGUCGGAAGAAAGGGAAGCAACCAAAGCCUCGAUCGGCAACGCGGCAACCCUGAUUAUUGCGGUGAGGUUAUCUUGCGCUGUGGGGAUGAAGCGGCCUGUCAAGCCGAGCCCCUUCUUUCAAGCUUCGUCCAAACUCCACCAACACUCUUCAUCGCCAACUGCUUCGACGUGGGAUCCUAGCUUAAACACCCUGUCGAAUUACCCGCACAGAUCAGCAAUGCGGCAUGACACCUCCUCCAAAGGCUCAUCAGCCUCCGCGCUGCAAGGCACCCCCUUCGGGAAGGCCGAUGCAAGAGCCACUUUGGACAACGGAUACCGGCACCCAUACUUUUCCAAAAGAGCCGGCACGGCCCCCAGCCAACCGGCUAAAUUGACGAUGAUGGCCCCCUUUUCAACACUACCCUACGAGUGGGGUAACGAGAUCACCGGGUUUUACACAUACAAGUCCAUCGCAGCUAUGAAGUUCAGCACAAUUCUCUCCGCUCUUGGGCUGGUCGCCUCUGCCAGCGCCGCUUCGCUGCAGCAGGUCACGAACUUUGGCUCAAAUCCCAGCGGCGUCAAGAUGUACAUCUAUGUUCCCGACAAGCUGGCGGCGAACCCUCCCGUGGUUGUGGCCAUCCACUACUGCACAGGUACCGCUCAAGCCUACUACAACAACAGCCCCUACAAGACACUCGCAGAUCAGAAGGGCUUCAUCGUCAUUUACCCCGAGUCACCAUACUCGGGAACCUGCUGGGAUGUCUCCUCAAAGGCAACUCUCACCCACAACGGAGGAGCUAACAGCAACUCCAUCGCCAACAUGGUCUCAUACACUCUCAGCAAGUACAACGGCAACAAGUCGAAGGUCUUUGUCACCGGCUCUUCAUCCGGCGCCAUGAUGACUAACGUCCUGGCCGCGACGUAUCCCGACGUCUUCGCCGCUGGCAUCGUCUACAACGGCGUUCCAGCCGGUUGCUUUUACACCGGUACGGUCAACGGCUGGAAUAGCACCUGCUCUUCGGGCCAAUCGAUUGCCACGCCGGCACGCUGGGCCCAAUGGGUCUACGACGCCUACCCCGGCUACACGGGGUCCCGCCCCCGCAUGCAGAUCUACCACGGCAGCACCGACACCACGCUCAACUACGCCAACUACCAGGAGACCAUCAAGCAGUGGUCUGGCGUCUUUGGAUACAACCCGGACAAGCCUGUCACUUCCUCUCAGAACACCCCUAUUGCCAACUAUCGCACUGAUGUGUUUGGUGAUCACCUGACGGGUGUUUGGGCUGUUGGCGUUGGACACACUGUGCCCAUCCGGGGCGACGAUGACAUGAAGUUUUUCGGCCUCAUGAUUCAGAACCGGGCCGGUAUUGAUAAAGGAUCUCAGACCCGCCGGCUACGAGGCCGGCUCUCUGAAGGAACCGGAGGUUAUGACUUCUUGACGCAGCGCUGCGGAAAAGCCAAUUCGGGUGUUGCAAUUUACUCGCAGAUACCCAAGUUGCAUAUCCGCUGCUUUCCCAUCCACGAAGUUGACAGUGUCCAGCUUCACGCAUUAUGCAUUACCUUAGUCCGGACCGAAGAGCUGCAGGAGAAACUUACUGAAGGGUCCGACGUAGCGGCCCUUCUCAAUAGUGUUCACCCGGAACAUCAUAACACUGCACAUCGCUCACAAACUCCCGCCACCGGCUGA